GGAGGCAGCGCCCCUGUUCCCCAGACCGGUGCGUGUCCUCUCCAUCCCAGCAGCCUGUAGCGCGCGGUGCCUCAGAUGAUCCAUCACUCGGUCUGACUUACAGCUAAAGGGAAGCGGGAAUAAAGCUCGGCCCACACUUGUCCUCGGAGCGCCUGACUGCGGGAGCGGUGUUUCACCAGGACCAUGACGGCCAAAACUUUGGAGAAAGUCCCGGUGAGUCUCGGGGGAUUCGUGCAUCCUUCGGAGACGGUGUACGGGGAGGAGAUGGCCUCGGUGGCGGGGUUUCCUCCCACCGACCUGGGGGGGCACUACGACCACAUGAGCGGAGCAACAGACGGUCUAAUGCACGGAGACCCCCUCGCAGCCGAGAAGCGCUCCCUCGACCUCUCCCCGUACUCAGGCUUCAGCCAGCCCGCCUCCCACCGCAACCAGACCUUCACCUACAUGGGCAAGUUCUCCAUCGACCCCCAGUACCCCGGCAACUGGAACCCGGAGGGGGUCAUCAACAUCGUCUCGGCGGGCAUCUUCGGAAUGCCUCCGCCUCCUCCCCCUCCUCCCCCCUCCUCCUCAGUCUCAUCCUCUCCAGCCUCCUCCGGCUCCCCGCACCACUACUCCGGCGGUCCUCUGAGCUGCACCAUGGCGGCGGGGCAGAGCCAGGGCGACAUGGACCACCACCACCACCACCACCACCACCUGUACUCCCCACCGCCCCCCUACUCCUCCUCCGGCUGCGGGGGGGAGCACUACCAGGACCCCUCAGCGUUCCUGUCCACCUCCACCUGCCACAUCUCCUCCCCGUACCCGCCACCGUCCUACUCCUCCCCGAAGCCCCCCAUUACCUGCUCCGACGCGCCCGGCUUGUUUCCAAUCGUGUCCGACUACUCCACCUUCUUCCCGCCGGCGGCGUGCCAGCGGGAGAUGCAGGCGGCCGCCCUCCCGGAGAGGAAGCCGUUCGGUCCGUGCCCGCUCGACUCAUUCCGCGUGCCCCCGCCGUUGACCCCACUGAACACCAUCAGGAACUACACGCUGGGGGGUCCGGGCGGAAGCGGUUCCGAGGGAGGGCCCCCGAGGCUUCCCUCCGCGUACAGCCCACAGAACCUGCCUCUCAGGCCCAUCCUGAGACCCAGAAAGUACCCGAACAGACCCAGCAAGACGCCCAUCCACGAGCGGCCGUACCCCUGCCCCGCCGAGGGAUGCGACCGGCGUUUCUCGCGCUCCGACGAGCUGACCCGACACAUCCGCAUCCACACGGGCCACAAGCCCUUCCAGUGCCGCAUCUGCAUGCGCAACUUCAGCCGCAGUGACCACCUAACCACGCACAUCCGCACGCACACCGGGGAGAAGCCGUUCGCCUGCGACUUCUGCGGACGCAAGUUUGCGCGCAGCGACGAGCGGAAGAGACACACCAAGAUCCACCUGCGGCAGAAGGAGAGGAAGUCGUCCACCGUCUCCUCUUCCUCUUCCUCCUCAUCGUCCAACAGCUCAGGCCUGGACCGGUCCUCAGGCCUGGGCGGCACAGCGGGGAUUUGUUCUUAAGAGACUCUUAUAACAGGUGAAUGUUGUGGUGGACUAGAGCUCAUCUGACCCUGGGUACGGACAACGCAGACCGCGGGACAGUGUCCGAUGGACGCACCGGGGACGCGUGCUCCUGGCGCUUCUGAACCCCCCCCCCCCCCCCCCCCCCCCCGUGGUUCCGACGAGGGGCCCUUCGUGAUGUGUGGCCCUUUUAUGCACUUUUGUCUUUACUAGUAUGGGCUGCUCAGCAGCCAUUAAUUCAUAACAGUAAGGGCCGUGAUAUUAAAGAAGAUAUUUAUCCAACUUGCGCGCACCAGAGCAGCGCGUCGUGAUGUGAAAUAACCGCAAUAAUAGUUUGGAAAAAGGGAAAUGUGUUUUAAGUUAUUGAAGUGUUCAUCCUAACGUGUGUGUGGGUCGCUACCCCUUCGCUGCCUGGUUCUGCUUGUCUUUUUUAAGAUGGGAAAUCCGAGGACGUUAUACAUGCAAUGUACAUUUUUCAUUCCUAUAGGAAUGUUGAACAUAUAUUUUUGUACAAAUGUUUUGGUGUUAACGCAAAGUGUGUUUUACGUGUACAACUACUGUGGGGAUGUAACGUUGGAUGUAAAUAACUGGAACUUAUAUCGACUCCCCCUCGUCCUGUGGUUAUUCAAUACCUCCAGUAAUAUUAAAGAUUCACAUUCACAUUUUGGUGUAGGAGUUGAAUAUGCUUCCACAUGUCAGUGUUCAAUGUAAUAUCCACCGCAUGCAAGAGGACAAAACAUAUCGAUAAACACAAACAGAAAGACUUCCACAAAUUUGUGCUGUUGUUAGAAAAAUAAAAACGGGUCGACUCCA